AUGAAGCUCACCAUCCUCACCGUCCUCGGGCUCGUCCCCGUCCUCCUCGCCGCCCCUGUCCCAGAGGCCGAACCCGAGGCCAACCCAGCCCCAGUCGCAGAGGCCAACCCAGGCGACUAUGGCGACUACGGAGACUACAAGAACACCGGGGUGGGCAAGUACGGCGACUACGGCGACUACAAGGGCACCGGGGUUGGCAAGUACGGUAGCUACGGCGACUACAAGCAGCCCCCAGAGGGAGGCUACGGCAGCUAUGGCGACUACAAGGACGUCAAGGCCAAAGGGCCCCCUACCUAUGCUAGCUACGGCGACUACAAGGACAACGGCAAGCCGACCACCUACGGGGACUACGGAAACUAUGGAAAGUACGGCAGCUAUGGCAAGUACUAG